UUGAAACCCGAUUUCCUGCGACGCACGUUAGACGGCAGAAUCCUGGUAUUUGGUGUUUGCGGCGGUUCACGCACGGCGAGGCGUAGAAUUUGCAAGUGGUUAGCUUUUGCCAGUUCGUUUAUACAUUGCAAACCAUGCGUCUUGCCUUUUACAAUGGGGCCUAGCUUUUAGCAGCAUCCUCAACUGUUGGCUACCUAUCAAUUUUUUACCUGAAGUUAAGAGCAAUAAAUAUGUACAAGAACCAUUGUUAGCAUAGCUGGAAUCCUAUCUCUGGCGCCUUCCCAUGGUCGCGUGCGUCCCGUGGAGGCGCAGUCCGAGCUAAGGCAGCGGGCUGCUUGCGUAGUCGUUUGUUGAUGUGGCGUGGUGGGCUCGGCGCAAGUAUGGACUUCGCAACAUCCACCCACCGGCGGAGAUGGCUCUACACAAGAAGCAAAUUGGAGGAGGAGCGGAGGCGGCUGCAGCAGGCGGUGGUGGACGGACUCAGACGUCAGCGAGCAGCUGCGGACCCGCUGGAGCCGGAGGCGGGCAGCGCGACGAAGCGACCCAGAGAGGACCCACAGCCCGUGUCUCUGGUGGGGGAGCUGCUCAUGCUCAAGUACUCCCAACAAAUCAUACAGGAAAAGUGUCGUGAGAUGCGGAUGCCGGUCAAGGUGAUGUCCACGGCCAUUCAGUACCACAAGCGCUUCUUCCUGAGGCACACAUCGAUGGAGUUCGAUCCAGGGAGGGUCAUGAUCACCGCAAUAUUCAUGGCGACAAAGGUAGAGGAGCGCUACACGCGGGCUGCGGACAUCGCAGCGGCGUUCGAUGUGAGCGAGGACCUGGUGGUGAAGCAGGAGGUGGCCCUAAUGGAGGGCCUCAACUUCGAUCUUGUCGUACAUUCGCCGUACAGAGCACUUCACGGGAUGAUUCUGGUGGUGGAUGAGGCGUGUAGGGCCGCGGGGGGGGCCCUGGAUGCCCUCAUGCUCAGCGAUGCGCCGCUGUUGUACAGCCCUGCGCAAGUGGCGGCGGCGGCGUUGCGGAGUGGGUUCAAGGCGAAGGGUGUGCGGAUACCCAACUUCAUCGCCCGGUUGGCAAUGAAGGCGGCGUUGCGGGCGGCGGAGGGGGAGGAGGGGGUGGGGGUGGACGGCGGGGCGGGAGCUGAGGCGGCGGGUGCGCAGAACGACCCCGUCACGGCGUUGACUUCCGUACUGGACGAGCUGGACCGGCUGGGCAGCGAGGGUGCUCGGAGGGUGGAGGUGGAUGAGGUGAAAGAAGCCAAUGCAGUGGCUAGGCAGUGGAGGAGCUUGCUCAAGGACACGACGGGGGGGGCCGCGGCGGGAGCGGGCAAGGGUGGUGGUGGUGGUGGGGCAGUCGCGGAUGAAGCCGCUCGGGUCGCCAAGCGGGAGGCCAAGAAGGCAGCUCGCGCCGCUGCCAAGGCGAAGGAGGCGGAACUGCUAGGCAUGCCACAGCGGCAGUAG